AUGACCAAUUACAGCUUCAUCAGCAAAUACCUGAACCCAUGCGCGGCAUCCGUGGCGCGCGCUUGGAGCGGCUACGUGGACUCUCUCUCGGGCCGGGCGAUCAGCAACUUCACCAAGAGCCUCGUCUCGGGCUACGAGUCCCUCGGCACAGUUCCCGAUCCCCUGGCCGGCGCCCUGUGCCUGGUGUACGCUCUCCUACUGACCGUGGGCGUCAAGUGUUCGGCAGCCGUCAACUCGCUGCUCACCAUCGUCAACCUUGGGGUCAUGGGCUUGGUCAUCGGGCUGGGCUUCUACCACGGUGACAUCGCCAACUGGAACUACAAUGGCAACGGCUUCCUGCCCUACGGGCUGACCGGUGUUUUCGCCGGUGCCGCAACGUGCUUCUACGCGUUUGUCGGCUUCGAUUCGAUCGCCACGUCGGGCGAGGAGGCCCGGGAUCCCGGGCGUAGCAUACCUCGCGCCACUGGUCUGUCCAUGGCCAUCGUGACCAUUGGCUACGUGCUCGUGGGCGCCGCCCUGACCCUCGUCGAGCCUUACAGCCGCAUCAGCCGGACGGCGGCUCUGCCGGAGGCCUUUGACGCCCGAGGAUUGCCGUGGGCGAGAUACGUCAUCAGCGUGGGCGCGCUGUGCGGCAUGACGACAACGCUGUUCGGCUCGCUGUUCUCGCUACCACGGACAAUGUACGCCAUGGCGAGCGACGGUCUGCUGUUCGGCUUUCUCGCCCGAGUGAGUAAGCGCACCCAAGUGCCUACCGUCAAUCUGGCGAUCAGUGGGGUCUUCAGUGGUCUCAUAGCCCUGCUCUUCGAUCUCGAUCAUCUGGUCGAGUUCAUGUCGAUCGGCACCUUUCUCGCUUACACCAUAGUCUCGGUGAGCGUGAUCGUGCUGAGGUACAGGCCGGCCCCGCCACCCUCGCAGGCCAUGGACAACACCCUGUCGACGGACACGACGACGAGCAUGGCCGGUACUACGGGUCCGGGGACAGGUGGCUCCAGUAGCCACCAGCUCGCCUCGCCUGCCAAUACCGAUCUCAUGGCCAUGGAUUCGAGCGAAAGUCUGUGCACGCCAGUCGAGUCCCAGCUCACCCGGCAGCUGAUACAGGGCUUCUGCACGGAUAACAUCGGCAGGGUCAGGCCGCGCUACACUUGGUUGGCCAACCUCUUAGCGGACUGCGAGCCGGGGACUGCGGUCACCAUGUCCAUCGUCUUCUACUCCGUAGCGUGUGCGUCGUUUUGCUCCUUCCUGGUGCUCCUGUCGCAAAGCACGUAUUCUCCCCCCUGGUGGGAGUACAUUAUGGUCAUGUUUCUCGUUUUCAUCCUCGUAGCAAAACAGUUCUGCAUGAUUUCGACUCACAAGCAAUUAGAAACAGGAAAAUUAGUCAAUAUUACUUAUGCUAUGGAGAUGUAA